AUGCCACUUGUGGGAAGUCCCGAACAGCAUCUCGCCAUCCCCGUCCGCCGGUAUGGUUGCCACACCAAGCAGAACCAGCACACAGUUCUCCAGCUCCCACGUCUUCUGUUGUAUUGUUGCCUGGGAGCGCUUCUGCUGCGGAGCUCUCAGCAGCAGCAGGCUCAACAGCUCUCAUCACCAGCAACAUAUGGUCCCUGGAAUUCAUCAGAAGACCUAAACGAGCAGCACAAGGCUCUCCUUUUGUUUUUAGCUCUCGGCGAUCGUUUGUUUUUGAGCAGCCCAGAGGUGGCUACCCGUAUAGGCUUCGGAUUAGCCCCCUUGCGCUGCAUCGACCGCUGUGAAACUCAGUACUUUGGCUCCCCUGAUGAUUGUGCACCUGACUGCAUACGUCAAGAAAUUUGCACACGUCAAGAUGACCCAUAUCUUACCAUUGCCUGCAAGCGGGUCAACACAUCAAUAUUCUACUUGAGCGGAACGAGCUACCGCAACGAUACAGCCAGUCGGAUUCUGUACGGCAAGGAGAUACAGCGAAGGGUUGUCGUACGCAACGUUGUCACUCGGAUUCCGAAUCACCUGGCCUCCCAGAUUCUCCCUAAUAGACGACAUUGGUUGUUUGCCGCUGGAAGAAAUGUGAGUUUUCCUGUCUCCACCAUCACCAUCUUUACCAUCAUCACCAUCAUCACCAUCAUCACCAUCAUCACCAUCAUCACCAUCAUCACCAUCAUCACCAUCUUUACCAUCAUCACAAUCAUCACCAUCAUCAUCAUCAUCACCAUCAUCACCAUCAUCAUCACCAUCAUCACCAUCAUCAUCACCAUCAUCAUCACACCAUCAUCAUCACCAUCUUUACCAUCAUCACCAUCAUCACCAUCAUCACCAUCAUCACCAUCAUCACCAUCAUCAUCAUCAUCAUCAUCACCAUCAUCACAAUCAUCAUCAUCAUCACCAUCAUCACCAUCAUCACCAUCAUCAUCACCAUCAUCACCAUCAUCAUCACCAUCAUCAUCACACCAUCAUCAUCACCAUCAUCAUCACACCAUCAUCAUCACCAUCAUCAUCACACCAUCAUCAUCACCAUCAUCAUCACCAUCAUCACCAUCAUCACCAUCAUCAUCACCAUCAUCAUCACCAUCAUCAUCACCAUCAUCAUCACCAUCAUCAUCACCAUCAUCAUCACACCAUCACCAUCACCAUCAUCAUCACACCAUCAUCAUCACCAUCAUCAUCACCAUCACUGUAGUGGCCGCUGAAAAGGCCUCUCCAAAUGCUGGUGAAGCACUUCGCGCGUAUUUGUAG